AGCCCACUGUUGACUGUGUGACGUGUUUCCGUUUUGGCGUCCCGCUUACUUCCGUGUGUGGUUACCGUAGUAACAGACUCCGCUUUGCAGCUAGGAGCCCAACAAUAGCAGGCAUGAGUGCAGAUGCAUUUUUCUCUCUUCAAAACCAGUCCACCACCGCUGACUACAGUGGGAAGGUCCCAGUGGAGCACCUGGACUAUGAUUACAUAAAAAAAUGCAAAGAUGUCAAAUACCUGGAGAAAAUCUUAAAAGUACUGAGGUCUGGAGAUGAGGGCAUCUAUCCUCAUCUGAUCAAGUUCUGUGAGAGUCACUUGGAAACCCUCGACCCUCGGAGCCGAGCUCUGAGGAAAGACAACCCUGUGGCCACCGCAGCCAGCCUCUCUAAAGACGAGUGGAGCCAAAUUUUUGAUGGGUUGAAGAUGUGGCAAGAAGAAACUAAAAAGACUGAGACUUCACUAAAACAGCAGUCAAUGUUUGAUGAUCCAGUGAAAGAAAAUAUGCCGCCUAUAAGAGGUUCAAAUUGCUCAGUUCCAUUUAGUCAGACUUCAGUCCCAAAAGAAAAGAGGAAUUCUUCAAAACACACUCUCCCACGUGAUUAUCGGGAAUGGGACAAGUUUGAUGUGGAAAAAGAAUGCGAAAGAAUCGACAGAAAUGUGGUUGAAAAUGAUCCACCUGUCAUUAUAAACACAGGACACCCCAAAAUCAAGACUAAAGUGGACACAUCAUUGCUGACACAACAAGAGAAACUCCUUCUGGCAAAUCGUGAAAAGGACAAAGGCAAUGAAGCUUUCAGAGCAAACGAUUAUGAGGAGGCAGUUGCAUACUAUUCCAGAAGCCUUUCCAUUAUACCAACUGUGGCUGCAUACAACAACAGAGCCCAGGGAGAGAUCAAGCUCAAGCAGUGGCACAGUGCCAUGACAGACUGCCAGAGGGUACUCGAGCUGGAACCAGGGAAUAUGAAAGCCCUGCUACGUCGUGCUACUGUUUAUCAUCACAUGGGUAACUUCCAAAUGGCUGCUGAAGACCUGAGGAUGGUGCUUAGGGAAGAGCCGCAGAAUGCUGCAGCCACUCAACUUCUGUCUGAAACUGAGAAGAAGAUGAUGGAACGUCAUCCAGAGAAGCAACGCAAAGGCAAAAAAAUCCUCAUUCAAGAAAUAGAAGAGAAAGAUGACCACAGCAACAAUGAGACUAAAGCAGAACAGACUGCUUGUCCGGUUGAACCUAGCCAGCCUGUGGGAGGGGAGGAGAGCUCAGCUGCUCCUGCCGAAAGGGGAGACAUGGGUAACGCUCAAAAAAAGCCCCACGGCAGAGGGGAUGGGGGUCCACACAGUGAGUUCAACAACUCCCACCACGGACACUGGAAGAGCAAAGGAGGCAGCUCUGACAAGUACAAAGUCACGCAGGAGUCCAAGGAAAAGGUAACCAAUGGUACAAGCAAGAGGGGCUCGACAGCUUCAGUACAGGCUGAUCAGAGCGGCAGCGGUAAGGGGACUUCGGUUGGAGGAAACGCAGGGGAAACUGUCAACCUUGAUGCUCCAUGUGGAGCCCUGCCCCCACCACUGGCCCGGCUAAAGAAUGAAGGAAACCUGCUGUUUAAAAACGGACAGUUUGCUGAUGCACUGGAGAAAUACUCACAAGCCAUUCAAGGCUGCACAGAUUCAGGGAUUGAUAGCCCAGAGGAUGUAUGUAUUCUGUACUCUAACAGAGCAGCUUGCUACCUGAAAGAUGGCAACAGUCAAGACUGCAUACAGGACUGCACAAAAGCCCUGGAGCUGCAGCCAUUCUCCCUCAAGCCCCUCCUGCGCCGGGCCAUGGCUUAUGAGUCCCUGGAGCGCUACCGCAAGGCCUACGUGGAUUAUAAGACUGUCCUGCAGAUAGACAUCAGUGUGCAGGCAGCACACGACAGCGUCAACAGGAUCACCCGGGUGCUGAUCGAGCAGGACGGCACGGAGUGGAGAGAGAAACUUCCGGACAUUCCCCUGGUGCCUCUGUCAGCUCAGCAGCACCGCAGAGAGCAGCCACCCAGCGCAGAGGUCCUACAGGCUCGAGCAGAGAAGGCAGCCAGGGAUGCAGAAAGGAAAGCAGAAGUUCGUUUUGCAAGUUUGAAGCAAGAAGGGAACGAUUUUGUGAAGAAGGGCCAAUACCAGGAUGCACUGGGGAAGUACAGUGAAUGCCUUAAGCUAAAACCAGAAGAGUGUCCUAUCUACACCAACAGAGCCCUGUGCUACUUGAAGGUGGAGAGGUUUAGUGAGGCCAAGCAGGACUGUGAUGCAGCACUGAAACUGGAGCCAACCAAUAAGAAGGCCUUCUACAGACGAGCCCUGGCCAAUAAAGGCCUCAAGGACUACCUGGCGUGCAGCUCUGACCUGCAGGAGGUACUGCAGCUGGAUCCUAAUGUGCAGGAGGCUGAGAAGGAGCUGGAGGAGGUCACAGUGCUGCUCAGACAGAGUCUGGUCAAUGCCAACGCUCCUGCAGCCAAACCCAGGAAGACUGUCCCCAUCACAGAGGUUGAGGGUGAAGAGGAAACGGCAGCCGUCCCUAACUCAGACAGCAGCGGCAGGGGAGAGGACGUCUCCAUCAACCUCCAGCCGGCCGGCACCUACGAGUUCGGUCAGGCUCUCAACGCAGCUCGCUGCAGCGGAAACAUGGCGGCUUGCGCUGAGCUGCUGGCCUCCACAAAACCGGAGAUGCUCCCCCAGCUCCUGAGCACACAGCUGGAUGGACACAGCAUCAGUGUCAUUAUGCAGGCGUUGGACUCACACCUCCUGGAGAAAGACCCCAACCUGGUGUACCAACACCUCAACCAUCUGCACACUGCUGACAGGUUCUCGGUUGUACUGAUGCUGCUGGAGAAGGACGAGCGUCGCCACAUGACUCAGCUGUUUGAGCAUCUGUCGGCUGUGGAGAGCAUGGAGUUCACUAGGAAUGAUGUUCAGAAUCUGGCCAACAAAUACAUCUGACCCUCCUCUCCCCCCCUUUGCUCUCUGCUGCAUGAGCUGCUGCACCACUACAACUCUUGGAUCUAUGCAAAACACUGCACAAGAAACUGAGUACACAAACAGACAGGAAGUUGCAGAAUGUGCCCCAGAGCAACACAAUGGAACUGAGUCGCAUUUACUCCACUGCUGUAAACGAUCUGUAUCUCACUGUAUGUUUGAGUGACAGUAUAAUGAAUAUAUUUUUCUCUCCAGAACAUUUUGCUAUGCAGAUUUACUUUUGUACCACCACUAACCAUUUGCAUUGUAAAACGGGCAGGCAGUUCCAUACUUUGGACCUUUUGAUGUAUUGAUAAACAGGGUCCAAUGUACACUGUUACACAAGGCUACAGGCAGGUUUGCUCAGGACAGAGCUAAGCUUCAGUUGUCCAGGUCCUUGAACACUGUCAGUCUUUUGAUAUCAGUCAUUUGAUAAAUGAGCUUCUGUUCGAAACCAGCUGAGAUCAGAAUGAAUAUUACCUAAAAAGGAACAUGUGAGGUCAUUUGCUGCUGAGCUAAUUAAACUGUUCCUCCUAAAUUAACAGUUUUAUUAUGACCAUAUGUACUGUAUUAUCUCUUUGGAAGAGGUUUGCAUGAUAUCUUAUUGCUGUUCGUUGCAGUAUGAUGACAGUAUCUGUUGAACUGAUAUCUACUGACUGAUGUUUUAGGAGAAAAUACAAUUUGUAACCAUACAUGACUCAGAUGCUCUUUUUAUUAUUCAGCUAUGCAAUUUUAACAGAUUAGCACAUCUGAGUUCUAAAAUCACUCUUAACAGGCCGGUGUCUUUUCCAUAAGUCACCCAACCUAUUUGUUUUCCAAAUUAGCCUGCCAGCCGAUGUGUACUCGCACACUGGAGAGAAGCAGCAUCUUUGAGAUGUGUGCCUUGGAUUUCAGACUAGGGCUCGACUUACAUUUUGGUGAGUGUGCAGAUACUCCUAAAGAGGGAGUGUAUUUAUGUCAUUCCGUAGUUUUAUCAACAAUAAAUGGUUUGGAUUUAUUCAGAAAUCAUAUAUAUAUAUAUAUCCACUUAGCUACAUGCACAUAAUGUUGUUUAUUUGCUAAUUUAAAAACCUGUCAUUGUUGAGUGUUUACGUAUUGAAAAUAUUCCAUUCUUCCAAAAAAUCGUAGACUGCCUGAAUCCAAACCAUUCUGUGUUUUCAAGUGUUUUAUCAGCUCUACAUGAAUGUACCAAAUUUAGUUCAAGUUGGGGGGCAAGAGGCAAUAAUUUCACAGUUCCUCUUCACUGUGGUUUUAAUAUUGUUUCAGUAGAGAUGUACAAUAUUCACAGAGGGCUCUUCAAAAACCUGAAAAAAUGUAAAGGUUUUCUUCUCUGUGCUAAGAUGAAAUGAAAUAGUUAAAUAAAAUAAAAAUGGAA